AGUUGUUACGAUUGGCGGUUAAUCAUGCGCCACAAUACGAAAUCGGUUUUUCUUAAAUAUUAAUAGCUCAGCCCAAACUACAUUAACUGGCUGGAUGUCGGAUAACACCGACCGAAUGGCGAGCGUUAGUUACCUUCACUCAUCGUCGUCUUUCCAGAACCAUUACGACACGGUACGGGAUAGGCUUAUGCUUCAGGCUAGACAACAUGGAGAAAGUGAGGUUUACGUCUUUAUUAGCCCUGACGGUGAACGUGUCGCUAUUUCUGCUGAGGCGUUGAACUCUCGAUCUCUGGCUUUGGCUCGGUCAUUAGUCAAACUUGGAGUUAGGAAAGGGGAUGUUGUUGCUGCCUGCUUACAGAAUGAUCUAGAUUGCCUGAUCUGUACGUUCGGGGUAAUCUGUGCCGGCGGAAUAAUUGCGUACAUUAUGGUACAUCAUAAAGAUGGAAGCGACGUAAGAGAGGCUCUGAAGAAAUUAGGAGCGAAGGUACUGGUUUUAAAUCCAGGGGUGGGGGAAAUAAAUCUGAGGAGCUGCAUGAACCUCAUCAGUGAGGUAAGUGAUGCUGGAAAAGUAACGAGCGAUGUUCUUAGCUUACAAUAUCUGAUUUCCACUCACCCUGCGGAGAACUUGUCCUUGCUAUUGUUAGGGACCCUCAUCGGUCAGAACAAUGAGGAAGUGCAACUGCCGUAUCUAGACGCCGAAGACACAAUCGCUUACUUCCCUACUUCCGGUUCUACCGGGGAGUCUAAGUACGUCCCACAGUCCCACCACACAGCCAUGCUCUUCGGGCAGCAGUUUAAGGAAGCCAUUGGAUAUGAGGACGGGGACUGUAUAUAUAACGAGCGCCGCAUAUCCUGGAUCGGGGGUUUCCCGUACUCAUACCUCCAUGACGGCGUCAAGACUGUGACUAAGACCAUGGCGUUCUCCAAUAGUGUACAACACUGCGCUGUUAUAUAUGAAGUAAUGAUUAAGGAGCAGUGUAACGUUGGCGCUCUUCAGCCAGCAACGCUAGUUGGACUCAUCGACAUUGCCAAAGAGGAAGACAUCCCCCGCCUUCAGCUGAAGAAAAUUCAUAUAGGCGGUAUCCCCUUAGCGGCUGUAUGUAUGGAUGCCAUCGGCUUGUUCACCAAGGUCGUCACAAACACGUACGGGUCGACUGAGUGCGGAUUAUGCUCUUCACUUCACGUCUGUAACAAAGCCGACUUCAUCAACCACUGCGCAGGAACGCCACACAGCGGUGUUGAGAUAAAAGUUAAAGAUGAAAGUGGUAAGGUCUUACCGAGGGGAGAAUUUGGGUCGAUCUACAUUCGGUCACAGUCACUUUUCUGGUAUUACCAUGGCGACCCGGAGAAAACCCAGGCUGUAUUGGACACAAAACACUGGUUUGACACCGACGAUGUCGGGUAUGUAACACAAGAUGGCAAGCUCGUUGCCAGAGGUCGCAAGUCCGAAAUAAUACUGCAAGCCGGGAAUUACAUUGUCCCUUCUACAUUGGAGGCGUUUAUCAAAAACCACCCGGAUGUGCUUGACGUCAUCGUUGUGUCAAUUCCUGAUCCCGAAUUGUUUUUGAUGGCUUGCGCAUGCGUACUUCCAAAGUCAGGUAGAACACUGACGGCUAACGACAUCGAUGACUUCUACAAGGAGCACUUCGUCACACCGGUUAUUGAUGCCUAUUUUAGGGAAGGGCCGCAAUUGAUCGAGAUAGUGACCGACUAUCCGAGAACGCACACUGGGAAACCAGACAAGCGGGAGUUACAGAGAAUCAUGAGGCAAAAACAUGGACGGUGAAAGAAAGCGCUAUUGCACCUAUUUAAACCAUGGACAUGCAUUAUCUUAUUAUUGAGCCGUAAUGCAUUACUGUUUAAGGGAUCGCCACUUAGCUCCCAGCGGUAUUUUUUAAUAAAAUACAUAAAAUUCUUCUUGCAUUUUUCCAAUUCCCGAGUUAUUUGGUACUCCUGAACUUGACAAUAUACAUAAAGUCGACAUAUUGACCUGGAAUGUUUUGUUCCAAAUAACGUAUUUAAAGAGAUAUGAGGCAAAAAAAUCGGGAGCAUGACUUUUCAAUCCCUUCUCUAAACGAAGACUUUUAAACCCAUAGACUUUUCAACCCAUAUUUUAAAAGACUUCAACCCCUACCUUUUCGGACUUCAACCCCUAUAUCAAAGACUUUUCAACCCCUAUAAUUUUUGUCAGCCAUGUGUUGUCUUUUUCAUUGUGUUCUUUUGCAAGAAACUUUGUUAUUGAAAUACAAUUAAAGAAUUGUUUGUCUUAUUUACACUUUUCACAUACACCAAGUUUUUGAAGAAAAUUAGACAAAGGCGUUGCAUUGAUUUACUAAUGACUUGCUUGAUGGUGGCAAAUGAGACCUUUGAUAUAAUAUAUGAUUUUUUUUAAUUACAUUUAAUUGGUAUAACUCGGGGUUUCUAAAAAUCGUCAAUUGGC